ACAACUUGUACUAUGAUACAACAGCACACUUCAAAUAUUUCUUUCAUUCGUUUCUGCAUUGCCUUGGAGAUUUUGUUCUCGUUUGCCGCCUGGGAGAUGACACUAAACUGAAUUAAACCCGAUUUCGCAGUCAUCAUUCAACACUCUCGUAAAAGCUUGUGAAGUGCUUGUUCUAGGAAGCAAGGCUUAGGUUACAACGUCUUCCAUUGUCCCUUGGCUGCCUUGAAGCAACAAGCAGUCGAUGUCCUAGUGUGAGACCAGAGAAGUACCAGUAUGCGGCCCGUCAAGAUAAGAUACUGUUAUAACUUUCUCAUCUAUACCGUUCCCCAAUCACCUGACGCCCUUAUCUUGCACCGCUACCCAUAUAAAAACGGCACGUACGACAUGACCUUCUCCUCGACCCUUUGUCUGUGGAUUGCGGACACAGAUCGAGGCAGUGGAGCUCGUGUGAGAGCCUGGAUCAAGCUUAGGUUAGAGACGUAUAUGAAUUCUUGGAUGGACGGCGUCGCUUCUACCCUUGCCAAUGGCAAUGUUAUCAUAGAGCAGUUUCGUGCUCUGGGACCCCUGCCCAGUGUCCUCCUUGUCCUUGCCGCCACCGCCAUUUUUGUGACGUACAAUUUCGUUCGGUCGAGAAAGAGUCGUGUGGCACCCUCAAACGCUACUCAUACAGCAUCCGUCACUGAGAAAGAUAGGAAGAUAAAUAAGAACCGGGAACUUGGCGUGUGGACUGCGGAAGAAUUUGAAUAUCCUGAAAUUGGACCGUGCCCCUUCCCACUGAAGGAUGUGCGCCCUGUACCAUAUAGACCGUUCCGAUGGGGCGAAUAUCACAUCACAAUGGGCAUUCGCACCAUGCCCUGGAGCGAAUGGAUAGAACUAGACUCAACCUACCCACACUGGCAGCGUGUACGCAAGUUCCGCGUUCGCACGCGCGGGCAGGAUGCCGUGCGCGUUCUUCCUACCCGAGAGGAUGAGUCCGUCAAAGUCAACGGCGGUGCAUGGGCAGCGAAGGAGCUCGUCUAUGAACUCGCGGAGUACCUUCCACGGCGAUACCCUUCGAGUUUUCGAAUAACACGACUUCCGGAUGGUGCAUCAGCGCCAUCCAUUGGUGGCAUAACGCUGGCUUGGGGACAGCAACAGCCUGUGAAAACUAUCGAGGUGGUGGAAACAGGAGAGAAAUUUGAUUUGGGUGUACUGGAAAGUCUAGAAGAUGUUGAGAUGGGUGAGGAGGCAAUGAGGAUUACUGCAAGGCUUGUACAAGAAGACAUGGCGCUCAUGAUCGAGGGCACGGAUGGCAAGUACUACUUCCAGGCAGGUGCGAUCUGCAUUCCAGGAUUCUGGCGUAUGCGCGACAAGAUCGGAAUGCCCCUGGACGACAUUCAUACUUCAGGAAAUGUUCCGCAGUUCAAAGAAAAAUUGCACACCAGCAUGGAAAGGUUCUUUAAACGGAUGCCAGUGGACAAGCCGGUCAUUCGAAAUAAUUAUUUCAUACAAACUUGCAAACCGUCGGAGGUGUCGCACGCCGACGGUGAGCCUCGACUGGACGUCGAGGAAGAGAGCGCUUUCGAUGUCGAUCCAGAGGAGCUGGGUUGGUCAGAAUCGACGAACGGACAAGAGGACACAUUUUUGCAUGGACACGGGCAUGCUGCACAACCUGCAACUUACCUCGCGCCGUCGACACUACGCCUCCGAUCUGAGCGGCAAACCCUGCGUCGGCUUCCUCGUACAGGAGCCAUCGUGUUUGGGAUUCGCACGUACUUAUUCAAAAUCGAGGAACUGGCUCGGGAGCGAGGAGUGGCUAUUCGGCUGGCAAGCGCUAUAAGAAGUUGGCCUGAUGAUGUUGGGGUAUACAAAGGGCGUAAAAUGUAUCGUGAUGUGCUACUGAACUACCUAGAUGAGUGCGCAGCGCGGGAAGGGAAUGAUGGCGUGGAGGAGGAGGGACUAGGAUACCCAUAUUAAGAGAUUGUGGUGGUCAAGGGUGGUCAUAAGGCGCCGGGGUGGUGAUUCGUGAAUGUGAAGCGGGGUAAAUUGUGCGGAUCAAAUGUAAUAAUAUUCGGAAGGGACGAUGUUGCUUCUUGUUGCCCUGACUGCCACGUCGGAAGUUUGUAUAGGAGAGCGAUAAGUAACAAGAGCGGGGUAGUUAGUAGUUGAGAGCUCGCUGUCGACGAGGAUUGCGGACGACCGAUACCGCGUGUCAAAGUUCUACAAAGAGAAGAUAUCUAAAUUAGGGGUAUAAGAAUUACAAAUGACGUGUCGGAUCUGCG